AUGCGCCGCGGACACGCCCCCCUGACCGGAAGUGCGUCUCAGCUGCGGUUCUGGCCCGGUUCUGUGUUUAAACGCGGCGUUCGUGGAGCUGAAACCCGUCCAAAGGCCAAGAACCAGCGAGCGGGGAGAUUUUCUGACCUUCAGCCGCUUCAAACGCCACAAACCGGGCAAAACUGGCCCCUCCAGUCCCCGCCAUCAUGCCCGCGCUGCUGGAGAGGCCCAAGCUGUCGAACGCGAUGGCGCGAGCUUUACACAAGCACAUCAUGAGGGAGAGAGAGAGGAAGAGGCAGGAAGAGGAGGAGGUAGAUAAAAUGAUGGAGCAGAAGAUGAAGGAGGAGGAGGAGAGGAAGAGAAAGAAGGAGAUGGAGGAGAGGAUGUCUUUAGAGGAGACCAAGGAGCAGAUAAUGAAGAUGGGCGAGAAGCUGCAGGGUCUUCAGGAGGAAAAGCACCAGCUCUUCCUGCAGCUGAAGAAGGUUCUGCACGAGGAGGAGAAGCGCAGGAGGAAAGAACAGAGCGACAUGACGACGCUGACCUCAGCUGCCUAUCAGCCCAACAUGGCCAUCCACUCAGGCCAGCACCUCCUGAGCAUGCAGGCGAGUCCAGUAAGUCACGGCCGUCCGGCGGCUCUGUUAGGAGAGCGUAAUAAACAGCUGUUUCAGCCUCCGGUCAUUUCUGGUCGUCAUUAUCAGUCCCAGCCAGGGUUCAGCGCUCCUGGAGCGGAUCACGGGCAGUUUUCCGGAGCUCAGCCGGGUCACGGGCCGUACGGGGUCACCCAGCAACAACAUGCCUCCCCCUUCACCCCCAGCCAGCCUGUGCCGGUCAGCUACGCCAGCAGCCCACAGAUCAGAGGUGCGUCAGCGUUCCCGGCCAUGCAGUACCUGCCCCAUCAGCAGCAGGGCUACACCGUACACAGCCACUUCACCUCUCAGCCAGGUUUUAUUCCAAGUACUGGUAUUCCUCUGCAGAAGCAGUUGGAGCACGCUAACCAGCAGUCUGGCUUUACUGACUCUAGCACUCUGAGGCCCAUGCAUCCUCAGGCUCUCCAUGCUAGUGCGGCCGGUUUGCUGCCCACUCCGUCCAUUGCUGUCCAGAUCCCUUCUGCCAAGGCUGGCUUGCCGUAUGCCCACCCACCCAGGCCAGCCUCCCCAGGAGCGUUCACACACACGGCCCCCCCACAGUCAGCGCACGCGGCCACGUUCCAGAGCUCCUCCCAGCCGCCGCCCCGCCACACCUACCUCUCUCACAGCCAGUCGGGACAGAGGUUCUAUCACCAUGGCAAAUAGCCGGCCUACCAGGUGGCGGAGAUUUAGAUUCGGGUGUGACUCACUCCAGCUUCAGCACGUCACAGCCACACAGUACCGUGGUUCCGCUUUAGCGUAGAGAACGUUUACGAUGAUAAUUAAUCAGCAUGAGGACAAACGUCUGUUAGCUUCAUACUUCAUUACUGCAUCCACUAACAUUCGCUCUCAUACCGUCAGCGGGCAGGAGCUUCGAAGGAGAACUUCACUGUUUGUCCUCCUGAUCUCCGUCUGCUGUCCCUGUAGAUCAGACAGUAACUUCAACACAUUCCACUGAGCGUCAGUACCAUCAAACUAGCGCAUCAUAGGGGUCAAUGGGCCGGUGCUGAACUCGUGCCGAACACGUAUUUUCACAGAAUUAAUUUUUUAUGAUUUAUUUAGUUGAAAUUUAAAAAAUGAAGCCGAAGUCAUGCAAAAAAAGACUAUUAACGUGAAAUUUAGAUUAAAAAUAAUCUGUUUAAUAUGAAUAUUAGUUGAUAUUUAAAUGUAAAUAAUAGCAUUAAAAUAUUUUUAGUCCUUUGGGAAGAAAAGUCAUGUAGGGCGACCACACAUUAAUAAAAAAUAAAAACAUUUAAAUGUUAAGACUACUGAAGGGGUGCUAACCAACCUGUGUACUCGGACCCUCGUAUAAACCUUCGUCCUUGAGCUCAAGGUUAUACGUACUUUUAAUGUUUUAUUUCACUUUAAUAUUUAAUUUUAAUUCAAGUAGAUGAUCAUUAAUGUAAUAAUAAUAACACAGGUUUGUAGUUUUUCUGGGGUCGCACCGCCUGACUGAGCCGAACCAGCGACUGAAAACUGACCGUUUUUUUCUGUAUUUUUAAAAAAGGCUGGUACUUUUUAUUUUUGAGGGUCAGUAAAGAUCAAUGCCCACUUUUUCUUAAGAGCAUGACAGAAUAAAAGUCCUUUGUUUUUGGUUGCGCCGUGUGACAUUUAAUGGAAUCAGAAUUUACAAAUGAAAGUUUUUCAAAACUUUUAAUAAGCUGCACGACUCUGCAACAUUUUGUGGUUUCAAGGUUGUCGAUCAUAAAAUCAAACUAUUUUAUUUAAAAUUUAAUUUAUUUAAAUCUUAAUUAUACUUUUUGGUUGGUGGGUGGACGGUCACACCACCUGACAUUUUUAGACAGUCGCACUGUGUCACUUUAUAUAAAUGCCUAGAAUAAUUUUAAUGAAUUAAUUAAAUUUAAAUAAAUGUUUGAAAUUAUUUAAUAUUUAAUGCACUAAAAUGCAUUAUCAAAAGGGGGUCAUUGUGUGAUGAUGGCAUACGUCACAAAGUUUAAUUAAAAUUAAUAACACUUAGUGAAUUUAAAUUAGAAUUGAUUUAUUUAAUAGGAAAUCAAAGGCCUGGUUUGUUCAGACGUGGGACUAGUUUUCCCAGAGGUCGGAAUCUGUGGUGAUGCAUUAUUUUUCAGAGGCUCCGCCUCCUGGUCGCCAUGGAUACUAGAAAUCUUAAUAAAAGUGAAAGAAAUCAGGGCUGCUUUUGCCAGUUCGCUCUAACAGAAUUGAAAAUUUUCAGCCUCACAUGUUAUUGGAAUGGAUGGAAUUCAGCAGCUGCCCAUUGACUUCCAAUGAAAGUGUUUAUGCCAAGCUCAGGGAAACGUACGGAAAUAGUUGUCUGUGGUAUUUAACUGUACGUUACAGAGAAAGUAAGAAGAGAUCAGGAGGAAAAAAUACUGAAAUAUCCCUUUAUGUUAUCAGUGCAGUGACUUCUGUUUGAUGUUCUUAUGUUCAGCAGUCGUGCCAAAUAAGAAAUACUGACAAUAACAAUAAACACAAGCUUAGUGAGACACACAGUAGAGACUGAAGGGCAGUUUUUACGCUGAAAGGCGUAACAGCUGUGGACGCUCGGCCGUGUGGGAUCGCAGCAUCUCCUGCUUUAUUCAUUUUAAGGGUGAGUGAAGCUCUCAGGGCACUUUGUGUAGAUACUGAUAAAUUCCCCAACACACAUGGCCAUGAACACACGGGGAGGAAGAGUUAUUUUCCUAAAAAUAAAAACAAAACAAUAUUUUAAUUUAAUUAAAAUGUGAUAUUUUUAACUCAGUUUGACAAAUUUGCACUUAAAUAGAUCUUACACCACGAUAAUAAACCAGUAUGAGGAAAAAUUA